AUGCCGCCGCGCCGCCGCCCACCCUCCGGCUACCACGGCGUCGGGGCGCGGCCGAGCGGCCGAGUCGACGCGGAGAUCCGUUCCGGCGAGGAGCGGAUCCGCCUCGGCACCUUCGACACGGCGCACGAGGCGGCGCGGGCCUACGACGCCGUCGCGUGGCGGCUGGGCCGCAGCCGCCGCGCGAUGAACUUCCACGACGUGUUCACGCGGGAGCGGGCGCUCCGCGUUGAAUGGGCGCGCCGCUUCCCGGAGGACGUCGCCGCCACGGCGGCCUUCUACGCGGAGAAAGAUAAGAAGGAGGAGGAGAAGGCGGCGGAGAAGGCGAAGAAAAAAGCUUCACGCGAGAAGCGCCGCGCCGAGUCCGCGGCGAGGAAGGCGGCGAGGAUCAACGCAAUCAAGUACACCGGUGUCUCUGCCACACAUCGUCGGCAUUCUCCAGGCGUCGCCGCCGAGAAACCAAAGCCAACUGCUCAGGAGCCCUUUUCCGGCGAGAGCACGCCGUCGUGGUCCACCACCUAG